UCUUCUGCUCUCUUGGCUUCCUUUCACCUUUUGCUUCUUCAUACUCAUCCCAUACAUACAUACAUACAUGUAUAUAUAUCUAACCAUCUUCAAUGGCAGUCAGAUCCAUUUCUCAAUUUUCUUCGGAAUUUUAGAUUCUUCAUCAUCUUCAUCCUAAUCAGAUUCCCCCCCUAAUCUAAUCCCGAUUCUAUUUCUCUCUAUAUUCCAUUGAUUCGAUUCUUAUUGUUUUGGGUUUCAUCAAGCUCAGAUUGGCGAUUGGUAUCGAAUGGAUGAUUAUGGAGAUACAAGUUAUGAUGAUGGUUGUGGUGAUUAUUUGAAUUUGAAUUGGGAAUGGAAGGAAGUUAGUGAGAUUAUGUCGCAUUCCCAGGAUGUUGUUGAUGUUUUGCCUUCUGAUCCUUUCGAGAUGAAUAUAAAUGGUGGAUGUACGAUGAUUAGGGGUUGGAUCGAAGAGGUUGAUGAUGAUGAUGAUGAUGAUGAUGAUGAUGGUAUUGGAUGCAAUACUUUUCGAAAUCGGAAGGAUGAAUCGGAUGGAUUGUUUUCGGGAUUGAAUUUGGUUUGGACAGAAACUAUGAGACCAAUUGAUUCAAUCAACAAUGGCUGCCAUGAUGAUGAUGAUGGUGGUGAUCAUGAUCAUGAUCUUGGUUCCCCUCCAGAUGCUUUGUUUUUUGCUCUUGGUUAUCUGGGAAUGAGGGAUUUGCUUUCUGUCGAACGGGUUUGUAAAUCUUUGCGGGAUGGUGUUCGAAAUGAUCCGCUUUUGUGGAGGAGUAUAGAAAUCGAUCAACCAUCGGACGAAAUGUUUUCGGAUGAAUCUCUUUUAAGGAUGACAAAUAGGGCCAAUGAGAGUCUUCAAUCUUUGAGUCUUGUCAAGUGUUCAAAGAUCACCGAUAACGGUCUCAAGACCGUUUUCCAGCGAAACCCCGGGCUAACAAAGUUAAGUGUGCUGGGAUGCAAUGGCUUAAGUGUGGAAGGUUUGCUAAAUAACUUAAAAUUCUUGAAAUCCACGGGCGGAACCGGAAUUAAGCGGUUAAGAAUUGGUGGGCUGCAUACCGUAACGACGGAGCAAUACGAAGAGCUGAAAAAAGCGUUAUCUUCAUCUUUAGAUAACGAAAAGCAGCUCGGUUAUCCAAAACCACGAUUCUAUCAUGGCGGGCAGUUGUAUCUAUCGUUAGACGACAACCGUCCGAUUGACAUAGAAGCAUGUCCCAAAUGUCAUCAAAUCCGACAAAUCUACGAUUGCCCUGCCGAGAUUUGUCAAUUGAGGCGCGUUUCUUGCAGGGCGUGUACAUUCUGUAUUCCUCGAUGCAUAAAUUGCGGAUGUUGCUUUAACGAACGUGAUUAUAUGGAGACGUUUUGUCUCGAUUUCCUUUGUUUGGAUUGUUUAGCGCAAAUUCUAAGUUUCCCGGAUGGCGAAGAGGAGGAUAUGAGCAUUCCUCCGGGUUUCCAUCCACAAGCAAGUUAUCACUUUUGCCUUUAUGGCUAGAAAUCACCGAUGAUUAUGGUUUCCAACUGCUUUCUCGACCUCUGGUAUGUGCUACGAACUGAAAACUAGAUACUAGAAUUGUGUCAAAAUGAGUAGAUCGUUCAACUAAAGUAUCGAUGAAGAAAUUGGAGGUAGAUUCUAGGAAUGCAUCUGGUGUUUCUUGAGGAAAUUGGAAGAUCUUCUUGAAAAAGAAGGCUGAUUUUCAAGAUUGGUUCUUUAUUCAUAUGUGAAUAUAGCAGGAAAAAUGGCAGAGUAGUGGCUACAGAUGGGGUUGUAUGCGUAUUACUCGUCGUUAUUUGUUGGGAUCAUUUUGUAUUGAUUUAUUAUCGUCACAAUAAGAGCCAGAAUAUGAACAGAUUAUGGACCCUUCACCAUGGUUCAUUGAUGCAAGACUUUAGGCAUGUAAUGGGCAUAUUCAUAUAUGCACUUGUACUCACUUUCCAUUUCAA